UUGUGUGCCUGGUUUGCUUCCGUUCAAAAUCUGGCAGCAAAAGAUGGGUGAACCAUUCUCUUUACCACCAAUUCUGGACAGCGAUACCUGGGGACCUCCUGCAUCUUCCAUAGCGGAUCAGUUCAAAGGAAUUCCUUAUGCGCCGUAUUCCAAGUCAGACAAGUUAGGACGUUUUGCGGACUGGAGUGAAAUCGAUGCCAGAGGGACUGCUGUCUCUGGCACAGGUGUGGGAGCUCAGGCAGCGUCCCGCCCCAUCGGUGCAGGCACUCUUGGUGCUCAAAGGUUUCCAGGUGGCCGACGAGAAGGCCAGCCUACCUAUGGCGCAGGGACCGCCAAUUCCUUUGGCUACUACCACGUGGAGGAUGAGUCCUCCUUUUCGGUUGUGGACCAUAAGGGUGCUCCAACAAGGCGUGGUGCGCCUCCUGCCCGAGGGCGAGGUGCCGUUCGAGGCAACUCGAGAGGACGUCCAGGAACAGGUCGAACAGGCUACCAGGCCGGGAGAGGUUCAGCCAGAACAGGGUUUCGUCGUGGGGGAUGGAGGGACUGGGACAAGCCUUCCCGUAUUCGAGAAUCAAGUGUUCCAAUUUCUCCCAGUUGGCAGCAACUGGAGGAAAUCGAAUUUACGCGGCUCAACAAAUUGCACCUCGACGUCAGUGACCCUGACACUCUUGAUUCUCAUGGGAGAUUGUUUGCGUAUGACAAAUCUUACGAUCGCAUAACGACAAAAUCCGAAAAACCUCUGCAGAUUAUGGAUCGUAUCCGUUACAAUCCCACCACGUCUGAUGAUUUGGUCAUACAACAGUUGGCAGUGGCCAAUACCGCAACUAUCUUUGCGACAGAUAAUAUUCUGAGCUUACUUAUGUGUGCCCCACGUUCGGUCUAUCCUUGGGAUAUCAUCAUUGUUCACGAGAACGGCAAGCUGUUUUUUGACAAGCGCGAGGGGGGACCAUUCGAUUACAUCACCGUGAAUGAGAAUGCAUCAGACCCGCCGUUGGAGACCGACAAAGACAAUAUCAAUUCACCCGGGUCUCUCUCUCUUGAGGCCACUUAUGUGGAUCAUAAUUUCUCUUUCCAGGUUGUGAGAGAAGAUCAACCUCUCAAUCUCCCCAAACCCAACCCAUUCUAUGGGCCGGAGGAGACUGAGCCUCUCGCAUCCUGCGCCUAUCGUUACCGGUUGUUCGACCUGAGCAUUAGCGAGGAGGAAUCAUUCAAAUUGCUAGCAAGGACUCAAGUAGAUGCUUACAUCCCAGGUUCAACCCCUUCGAAGGCACAAUAUGUCACCUUGAAAACGCUGAACGAAUUUGAUUCACGAGCGCAAGGUGCUGGCGGUGCACCUGACUGGCGCAUUAAACUCGACUCUCAACGAGGAGCCGUUGUAUCCACCGAAAUGAAGAACAACAGUUGUAAGCUCGGGAAAUGGGCUGUUCAGGCCGUUCUAGCAGGUGCUGAUGUAACGAAAAUUGGAUACGUCUCGCGAGUGAAUCCACGAGAGAAUACCCGGCAUGUCAUCCUUUCGACUUCUACCGUCCGACCGUCCGACUUUGCUUCUCAACUUAAUGUGUCCUUACCAAACGGUUGGGGUAUUGUUCGUACCAUUGCGGACCUUGUUCUCAGACAACCGGAGGGAAAAUACUUGCUUGUCAAGGAUCCCAACAAGCCGGUUAUUCGCUUAUAUUCUAUUCCAGCCUCAGCGUUUACAGGGGAGGAUGAUGAAGUAUUAGAUAAGGGAGGUGAUGAUGGCAACGCAGGGCACCCGUGAAGUCGCCAAAGAUAUCACUUAUCUCGAUACACUUUCAGCCAAUUGGUUCCGAUGGAGUAUUUGAUCGCUGCAUAUUUGACCAAAAGAGUAGUGCUGGUCUUCGGCAGGGGAUGUUAUAUCAUUGCUCAGAUAACAUGAUCUCCACUGCAUCCUCUAUGUUUGA